AAAAAGAAAAAAAUUGGAUGAAGAAGUAGUAGAGUGACAAAGUGAGCGGAUUUGGUGAGGUCGUUCGUAGACGGGCUAAAGAGGGAUGGAAGUGGAAAAAGUGAAGAGAUACUUGGAGAAUCCGGCCACCAUCGAAGGAGAUAAGCUGCCUUUGAGAUUCUUCGAACGCCUAAUUAUGCACGGUCUCCGCGUUGAUCUCAUCGAAACCAAUCGCGUCGUUUGCUCUUUUAAGGUCAACCCUCGUCUCUUGAACGAUAAAAAUUGCUUGCAUAGCGGAGCCACAGCUAUAUUAGUGGACUUGGUUACCUCGGCAGCAGUAUACACUGCUGGAGCUACCUUCACUGGAACUUCAGUUGAGAUCAGUAUCGCUUUCAUGGAUGCUGCUUAUGCUGAUGAGGAAAUUGAGAUAGAAGCAAAGGCUUUGCACGUUGGUAAGGCUGUUGCUGUUUUGAGUAUUGAGUUUAGGAAGAAGAGUACUGGGAAAAUUAUGGCUCAAGGUCGUCAUACUAAGUAUCUCCAUCUACCAAGUAAAAUAUAGACGACAUUCUCACGAGUAAUCGUCCUCGUAAUAAAAUGUAUUAUUUUACUAGUUGAAUUCACGUAAAAUUACUUCUUGCA